UGUACAUAUAUAAAGUACCUACGUACCCACAGACCCCACCAAGUCCCCGCCGAAAUUUUGAGAAAGCUUGACUCCAAAUUCAUCCUUUUUCAAAAUAGUCAUAAUUUCGCAACUCACCCCGACAACAAGCUAUAUCUAACAACUACCUCUCUGAUAAGAGGCCACUUCAUGUCCCAAAAUGUCAGGUCGCGGCGGUAGAGGAGGUCGAGGCGGCCGCGGUGGCCGUGGUGGCUUUGCAGCUGGUCGCAAGGCCGCGCCGCAAGGAAUGCCUGGCGCCGACGAGCCUGGUCUGAUGUUCAAUGAAAAACCCCAAGACACAUAUCCGAAAUCCUACAACCCCCCCAUCGCCCCCCCCCUCGACGACUCCGAAUCCCGCGCCAUAGCCUCCUUCGUCGCGUUCCGGCGCGCCUUCCACAGCACGCCCUUCUACACGCACCGACACCUAGCCAGCACGACCGGCGACGCAGCAACAUCCAAGCCCGCCGACCCCGUGCGCCGCUCCUACGGACAGCCGCAAAUCAACGCGCGCUUCGCCGUCAAGAACCGCGCCACCCUAGACCCUUUCCAAGCCGUGCCCAUGUACAGCCACAAGUUCGCCGACGAGACGCGCACCCUGCCCGACCUGAAGGCCCGCGAGCACGAGUACGUCCGCGCUCUGUUCCCCGAGGAGCUAUGGGCCACGCUAGACGGGAAGGAUACGGGCGGGCCCAAGGGCGGGUUCUUAGGGAGCAAAGCGUCGCGGGAGAAGAGGGGCGUUAAGCGCAAGGUGGUGGUAGUAGGUGGCGACCCGUUUGCUAGCGACGACGAGGGAACCGGAACUAGGACAGAUGGUCUGCGCAGACGUCCGCACGAGGACGAGACGGAGGAGGAGCGUAAGGCGCGCAUCGAGGCGGCGAUCAAGGACGGUGAUAACGAGGAUCCCGCGAACGCCGAGGACGUGGACUUGGACGAGGAAGAAGAAGAGAUGUCGCAGGAAGACGAUGAUUACGGCGAUGAUGAGGGCGGCGACUACGAUGCGGAAGCUUACUUCGACGCGGGAGAUAAUGACGACUACGGGGAAGACGAAGGGGUUGGGGAGAGCGCUAUGGAUUUUUAGUCGCUUAUUUCCGAAAUUGAUAUCUAAUUGCAUUAGGGUCGGCGUUCACGAGGGAAGGGCCUUGUACUAGAUAUAUCACAGGGCCUAUGAUACCAUGGCAUUUUAGCAAU